AUGUCUAAUUUGUUUCGUGAUAAUGCUCGUAGUUUCAAGCCACGAUCGAAUAUAUUCACAAAACUUCGAUAUAGGGAUUCCGGCCAGGACAGCGAUGCUAGUUCUGAUAAUGCGUCUACUGUUGAUUGGAGUGGGGUAGCUCAAAACCGUUCGAAGCUUGAUAUGCAGGACUCCCGGUUUCUAACCACUGAUACGUAUGUGUCCGUCCUGAACGAAAGCACCCCGUUAUCAAAGAACCGGGUUCAGAAAGAAGAUUUGAGAACCAGAAAUGUUAGAGAUAUAGUUGAAAAGGGAACGAGCGUUAAAGAUUCGACAGGCUUCAAUGCGACAACUUCUUCAAACGAUGUGCUUUUGGAAGCAUUCACAAACACGCAAAAAAUCUGUUCCAGCUUAAAACUUGAACUUCAACGUGUCAAAUCGGAGAAUCAGCAUCAGAGUGACACCAUCGGCGUUUAUCAAAACGAAGUUGACAAGCUCAGAGGCAAAAUGACAGAGCACAUGAACCUGCUUCUAGCGCUCGAGACAAAGUCAUCUGAGCUGCAAGCCAGGAAAACGACGACCGAAGAACAGCUUGCUGUUUUGAGAAGUGACUACGGUCGCCUUGUCGAACGCGUACGCCAUCACAGAGAAGAUAGUGACCUUGUCAAAGUGCAGCUGGACGAUAUUCGUCAACAGCACGAACUGUGUGGCUCAGCUAUGUCCGAACAAAUGGAAGAGCUGGAGCGCUGGAAAAAAGAAUGCGGAGCUGAGCAAUUGAGAAAUCAAAACCUCACGCAAGAGCUUAAGGCAUCCAGAGAGAAUUCUUCGCGGAUUAUGGAAGAUGUCUUCCGACAAAUGGAUUCCAACAUUAACAAAGUCUUAACUACACUCGAGGGCUCAAUCAAAACAGAAGCUGAAAACAAUGGGUACUUGGUGCCGAAUUUCGAACAGUUUUGCAACACGUUGCAAUCUGCUGUAACGCAACAGCUCAAAGAGGAAAGCAGAAGUGUCGGUGAGGAGGUCCAAUUCUGCUUGAAAAAAGAGUUUAACAAUUUGGAAGGCACAAUGAAGAAUCAAAUUGAGGUUAAUUUAGCCGAGCUCCUGCCACCGCUUGACGUAAGUCUUAUCGGAGACGGUAUCGUCAAAAUUACCGGGGAGUUGCAGAAACUUAUGAGUUCCGAAUCAAGCCACUGCUCCAAGGAGUUGGCUGUGGCGCUUCACGACUCGGUGAAGGACGUCAAAGUUUCCUUAUCGGGCAUUCAGAGCAAGCUUCAGGACUACAACAAUAAUGUAAAUCAUGCUGGAACUUACGAGCGUAAGGUAGAUGGUCUUCAUGAGCGCUUGCAAGCUAUUGCGCUGCAAAAGAGCGAAGCGGUGUCGCUAAUAAAAACGAGAGAUACGGAAAUCGAAGAUCUCAACAAUCAAAUCCUUGAAAAGAGUAACUGUAUUGGUAAACUGGAAGAUGAAGAGAAACAGUUGAGGGCAACUAUUGCGCACAAUGAGCAGCUCCUGGAAGUGAAAGACCAGGAAUCUUCAAGAGUGACAGAAGAGCUUCAUAUGAGCAGAGCUAAUUGCGAAAAUAAGUUAUCCGCUCAGAAUGAGGUUCUUGAAUUGAUGAAAAUCCAAUGUGAUAGUUUGCGAAGUGACAUCGAUGCGUGCAACAUCGCCAGAAGUGAUGCUGAAAGAGAAAACAUGGAAACUAAGGAGCAUUCGAAAAAGAUCAAUGAGCAGGUCCAUGACCUCAAUGUCGAAAUCAUACAAUUGAAAGCCAGGGAGCUGGAAUUCGAUGAAGAGAAUAAAAAACUGAAAACCACAGUCGAACAGUUCAAUUUGGACGCUCGCGAGAACAGCAAUCAAGUUCGUGAAUAUAAACGGCGCGUUAUGGAGCUGGAAAGCGAGAAUACCUCGAGGGCCAGCGAUGUGCUGGAGAAUCAAGAUCUAAUAGCAGUUCUGGAACAGCAAUUGAAAAGCGCGCGAAAAGCGAUUGGCAUUCUUGAAGAGGAAAAGAGCGCACUCAUGCGUUCUGGUGAAAUCGAGGGGAAAGAUUCGCAUCAGAAGAAACAGCAGCAACAGCGGCGAAAGCGAGGGCUCGACAAUAAAGUCCCUCAAAGACCUUCGGUGUCACUAGUUGCUGCGGAGCUGCCUGCCGACCAGCACAAGCUCCUACAAGACGACAUUUUUGAGCUUUCGUCCUCUUCGAACGGCGGUCUCGAGAUGACUUAUCCGUCACCGAUUGCAGCCAAGGCACUUCCCAAGCCGCGCAAAGUGCUUUUGGCAGAGGAGUCCGAUCCUUCCGAAACAGGGUCCCGCAGCCGGAAAAAACGUAGAGUCAAAAAUUGA